AUGACAGCCAUUGAACGCCAAGCUCUGGAAGCUCUCAGAGAUCCCCCAACUUUCUCACUCAACAUUGAUGAGGACUUGGAAGAUUUUAAUUUUGGUGAUGUAUUGGAUGGUACUGAUACACUCCCCAUCAGCAAUGCUGGUGGGGAGUUUGGAGACCUAGCAAGAGGUGUUCUGGGCAAGCUUCCCACUGGCCAACUGCUUGUUAGUGACCAUUAUCUAUCUCAUAACUUUGUCGACCAGUUUGCAUGGGAUAGCCUACAUACUACAGGGGACAAUACAAAAAAAGCAUGGGGUAUCUAUGAUGAAACUGGUAUCUUUGUUGCUGUCUGCCGCCAUGGCUUUUGUUUGCUCAUCACAGACAUGGUGCAGAGUGGGGAGCUUGCAAAAUAUCCUCUAGCUAUUGUUGCCAAGUUGCUAGAUGCAUUUGGUGGUGGUUUGGGUGGCGGUUAUGACAUUGGCUGUCAGUUUCGGACUACUCCGGACAAUAGCUCUCUUGGACCCCUUGUGUGCUCAUUAUGUCAUACAUGCCUGGUUGGCGCAUUUCAUGGACAUGUGCACAAGCGGUUAUGUCAGCUUUUUUCACUGACAACCUAUAUCAAGGGUCUUGGGAUAGAAGAUUUGGAGACUUGCGAGCGGACGUUCUCCAAGUCAAAUGCCCUUGCAUCAGCUCUACAGUAUACUAGUGUGUUCCAUCAUCAACAGGCCAUCGAUUCAUACUUUGAGCAUAACAAUGAGUUUGAAGUAUAUGGCAAUCUUUCAAAUUUCUUGCAUGGAAACUACAAGCAAGCUCUCAAGAUCCUAGAAAACAGCAAGUUUGUCCUACCGAAGGUUAUGCAAGACCUCAGAAUCAAGGACGAGAGCAUUUUUGAACGCUGGCUUGAAGACGAGAAAGCCUACCUUAAGGAUCUAAUGCAAGAGCCUGAGGAAGAGACAAUUCAAAUGGAAUACUGGCAGAGAUUAGUGAAUCUCAGUGCGAGCAGUGUUGCUCUUGACGUGGCAAUGAACUCCUUCACACCCUCUCAGCACAAUACUCUACCAUACAGUGCAGAUCUUGCAAACACACGCAAAGCCAAGACCACACAUUGUCAUGCUCUUGAGGACUAUGAGAGAAAUUUAAGGGCUUUGCAGACACAUUCUGCCACCAUCAGAUCCACCCUCAACACAUACAAUAAGCUUGCCAGUGCGGUGUACCCUCCCUGGCAGAUACUCAAGUGGGAGGAGGUCGUCGAUGCAAUGGAUCUUUAUUUCAAAAUGUGUCGAGCACAUGAGGAGAUUUGUCAUCUAAAUGUCAAGGUUUGCUGCCUGGUUACCUAUAUACAUGAUGAAGACAAGUAUCUGCGGGUGAGUAUCCAUACUCCUUGGCCAUAG